GACGCAGGAGCUGGUAUAUAAGGAAUCAGGACGCAGGAGCUGGUAUCACUUCUCAUCCACACUGCACCAUGAACACUAAGGUAUUCUUCCUGCUGGGUUUGGUGGCCGUGGUUGCUGCAGACAAGCGUCCAGCCCUCGCCUACGGCCCUCCUCCGGUCUCAUCUGAGGAGUUCGAAGCUCCCAAGUAUGGCUUCGACUUCGUAGUGCAGGACGCCGAGUCCGGCAACGACUUCGCCCACCAGGAGACUCGCGACGACGACAACACCAAGGGGUCAUAUACCAUUCAGCUCCCCGACGGUCGUCGUCAAACUGUGACUUACUACGUGGACGGUGACUCAGGAUUCAUUGCCGAUGUCCAGUACGAGGGAGAAGCUCGCUACCCCGACUCCAGUGAGGUCGGCAGGUACUCCCCACCAGCAGCACCCAGUUCCCGGUACGGCGCGCCUUAAGUGGAGUUGUGUAUAACAGAGUCACCCAGUUCCCGGUACGGCGGACCUUAAGUGGAGUUGUGUAUAACACAAGUCACCAAGUUCCAUCUGCAGCCCACGUUCACUACUUCUGAAAAGUCACUUCCACGGGACUUCAAAGUUCAUCUUUCGCCAUGAAUAUUCUGUGAAGCGAAUAAGAGAAGUGACUUACAACACCUGAUAGUCCCAAGUCACUCAUAAUAUUGACACAGGUGUUUCCAUUCUCAACUCUCACCUUCUUAUCAAUACAUUUUUGUUGAUAUUUAUGCUAAUUAUGUAAAUAAGCUCCA